AUGUUAGUGCUGGCUCUCAGUGAUGCGCACAUUCCCGAUCGUGCAAUUGACCUGCCUGACAAAUUCAAGAAACUUUUAAGUGUUCCAAAUAAAAUAUCUCAAGUAGUGCUUCUGGACAAUUGCACCAAGUCGUACGAUCUCCUGAAGUUUGUUAAUGAAGUAUCACCAAAUGUUGCCAUCGUGCGUGGAGAAUUCGACAAUGCACAACUCCCAACUACCAAGAAGAAUAGGAUCAAGGAAAGUAUACCGAUCAACACAGUGAUAAGACAGGGAAAUUUCAAGAUUGGAUGUUGUAGUGGCUAUACAGUGGUUCCCAAAGGUGAUCCGCUAUCGCUAUUGGCACUAGCACGUCAACUAGAUGUCGACAUUAUGCUAUGGGGAGGUACUCAUAACGUGGAAGCGUACACUCUAGAGGGGAAAUUCUUUGUUAACCCAGGAAGCUGCACAGGAGCCUUCAACUCCGACUGGCCUAUCAUGAGUGAAGACGAAGUAAUUAAUAAGAAGGAAACAACAGAAGUCGAUACAAACAAGCAAGACGAAGAAAGUGCAGUCAAAUCUGAAGAGCCAAAAGAGACGACGUCUACUGAUAAGAAGGAAAAGGUAGAAAUCUCGAAUCUCGAUAUCAAUGGGUCAAACGUGCCCAGUUUUUGUCUUCUUGACAUCCAGGAUUCCGUUUGCACCCUGUACAUCUACAUAUACAUUGAAGGUGAGGUCAAGGUAGAUAGAGUGGUCUUUAAGAAGGAGGAAACACAGAUUCAGCCGUGA